AUGCCCAAACGAAAGAGAACAGUCAAUGCCACUUCGGCUCCUUCUGCCAGCCCGGCUCCUGCAUCAACACGACGGACUAGUUCCCGAAGAGCCUCCGCUAUCACCCCUGCAGCGAUUGACACUAACCCAGACACAAAUGACAUGAUCGAAGACGGCCCCAAUGCUCUACGUGCUUCGCCAGACGCAGAAAAGCCCGAGGUUGACACUUCAAAAAGAAAGAAAAUAAAGACUCCGGGGGAAGCUGUGGGUGAACAUGCUGCGACACUUUCUGGCCCAAACGUCAAUGCCAAAGCUGCGUUCAAGGGAGAAGACGGACUGGAUAGAGAAGACCCCGAAGUUGAAGUAAAUGAGGAAGCCAACCCCGAAGAGCUGAAGGAAGCCUUGUCCCGGCCGCCUCCAGUCAACAGCUCGUACCUCCCGCUGCCCUGGAAGGGCCGGUUGGGUUACGCCUGUUUAAACACCUACCUCCGUGCUGCAAAUCCACCAGUCUUCUCGUCACGAACGUGUCGCAUUGCUUCGAUCCUCGAGCACCGCCAUCCACUGAAAGAUCCCAAGCUGCCAGAACAUGCCACUAAAAAUCGUCCAGACAAGGAACAGCCGGCGGAUAUAGCUCGGGGCCAGGAAUAUGUGGAAGCACUGGGUCUCGCCAAUGCACAGGACAUUGGCAAGAUGUUGCGCUGGAACGACCGUUAUGGGAUAAAGUUUCUCCGGCUAUCGUCUGAGAUGUUUCCAUUUGCCAGCCAUGAUGUAUACGGAUACAAGCUUGCUCCGUUCGCCUCAGAGGUGCUUGCAGAGGCGGGUCGCGUCGCUGCUGAACUCGGUCAUCGCCUGACGACGCAUCCCGGGCAGUUUACCCAACUAGGAUCACCACGAAAGGAAGUUAUACAAGCCUCAUUUCGCGAUCUGGACUACCACUGCGAGAUGCUCGACCUGUUACAGCUGCCGCCGCAGCUGAACCGAGACGCCGUGAUGAUCUUGCACAUGGGUGGUGUUUUUGGCGACAAGGCUGCCACUAUCGCUCGCUUUAGGGAGAACUAUAGCAAGCUCCCACCAGGGGUCAAAAACCGGCUAGUUCUCGAGAAUGACGAUGUCAGCUACAGCGUACAUGAUCUGCUGCCUGUCUGUGAAGAACUCAAUAUUCCACUUGUUUUGGAUUUUCACCACCAUAAUAUCGUCUUUGAUGCGGAGAAAGUCCGCGAAGGGACACUGGAUAUCAUGAAACUCUAUGACAGGAUCAAGACCACGUGGACAAGAAAGGGCAUCACGCAGAAAAUGCACUACUCAGAGCCUGUGCCGUCGGCAGUCACUGCGCGGCAGCGGCGGAAGCACAAUCCACGACCUGCAACACUGCCGCCCUGUUCGCCAGACAUGGAUCUGAUGAUCGAGGCGAAGGACAAAGAACAAGCUGUCUUCGAACUGAUGCGCACAUUCAAGCUGCCUGGAUUUGAUACCUUCAACGACAUCAUACCAUACGUACGGGGCGACGAAAACAAGCCAUGGAAACCUCCGAGGAAGAAGAAAACUCCCAAAAAGAAGCGCCAGAGCAAGGAAGACGGGGGAGAAUUGGUCGAUGACGACGACGACGACGAUGCUGCUGCUGCUGAAGGGGAGGCUCAACCGCCGCCUCCGGUCCCAGAGUCCGAGGUCAGCAUGGGUGGUCCUGAAGGGCGAGUGUACUGGCCCCCAGGAAUGGAAGAAUGGUUACGUCCAAAGAAACGAGAAGUGAAGCCUCGAGAUCCUUUCAAGGCAAAGACGACAGCGGAGCGAGCGGCCCUAAGACGGGCAGAGAAAGCCGCGUGGCAGGCUGCAAGGGAAGCGUCCGCAGAGGCAGAGACGCCCGUAUCCGCGGGUAAGUCAGCUAUCUCUGAGGUGGUUGAUAUGGAUGCGACUCCUGCAGCAAAGUCCGACCAUGCCGCACAAAAGAGCGUGUAUGAUAUGGCGAAGACGAAGAAGCAGAAACCCGUGCGGGCUCCUCGUUCGGGUGCCGGGACGAAGAACAACAAGAGCGCAAAAAAGUCCGUAUUGACACCGAGUACGAGUGACCAAGACUCUUUCCUCGACGACGAAGAAGAGCCUGAGAAGCACGACCCCCAAAUGCCAGACCUAAUUGAUGCCAAGGAGGUCAAUCCGGCGGUCAAAGUUACAAACCAGCGGCCACCAACACGGACUUUGAGCGGGAGGAGAGCUAAAAGAAAGACUGUAAACUAUGCGGAGGGUGACGAGGACGACGAUUGA